UCGGGAGGCGCGUGGAACAGAGGGCAGUGUGUCUCAGCUCUCCUGCAUGAGCGCACACACACACACACACACACACACACAGAGAGCAGUAACUCUAUCCAGGGCAGGAUGCAGCUACUCAAACUGGUUCUCAGUGCUGCGUGUCUCCUGUGUGGAUCGAGAAUUGUCCAGGCGUUGGUUUUACAGCGGAACGGGAAGCAGGACACGUCCCGCCAUCGACUCCAGGCCGAUCCUGCGUAUGACAGCAGCUCGGGAUCGUGUAAAAACAGGUGCUUUGAGCUGCAGGAGGUCCAGGCGCCGAACUGCCGCUGCGACAACCUCUGCAUGACCUACAACAGCUGCUGCUCGGACUUCGACGAGCACUGCUUGAAGACGGAGGGAGGCUUCGAGUGCGGGAAGGAGCGAUGUGGAGAAACUCGAAACGAACGCCACGCCUGCCACUGCUCAGACGACUGUCUGGCCAAAGGAGACUGCUGUACAAACUACAAAUCUCUCUGCAAAGGAGAAACUCCAUGGCUAGAAGAAGAGUGUGAGGAGAUCAAAAGCCACGAGUGUCCUUCUGGGUUCGUCCGUCCGCCGCUUAUCAUGCUCUCGGUCGAUGGCUUUAAAGCCUCCUACGUGAAAAAGGGCAACAUGGUGAUUCCUAACAUCGAAAAACUGAGAACAUGUGGCACCCAUGCGCCCUACAUGAGACCCAUCUACCCCACCAAAACCUACCCCAAUCUGUAUACCAUUGCAACGGGCCUUUACCCCGAGUCGCAUGGCAUCGUGGGUAAUUCCAUGUACGACCCCUCCUUUGAUGCGAUGUUCACCCUGCGAGGGAAAGAGAAGCUGAACCAUCGCUGGUGGGGAGGACAACCUAUCUGGAUCACUGCUGUGGAGCAGGGGGUGAAGGCUGGCACCUUCUUCUGGCCUGUAGGGAUUCCACUGGAAAGAAGAGUGUUGACCAUGCUCCAGUGGCUUAACCUCCCUGAUGCAGAGAGGCCCUAUGUGUACGCCAUGCACUCUGGGCAAACUGACGCCUACGGCCACAAGCUCGGACCGGAGAGCCCCGAGGUGAGGAAAAACGUCCAUCUUUUACUGGUUGGCCUCAACCACAUGGACAAACAUGAGAACUUCAUGUUAGUUAUGAUCUUACAAAAUGAACUUUUUUUUUCCGUCUUUCUGUAUUUCCAGAUGAGCAGCCCUCUGAAGGAGGUUGAUAAGGUGGUCGGACAGCUGAUGGAUGGUCUGAAACAGAUGAAUCUCCAUCGAUGUGUCAAUAUCAUCGUGGUCGGAGAUCAUGGGAUGGAGGAAGCUCACUGCGAUCGUACAGAGUUCCUCAGCUCGUUUUUGUCCACCACCGAUGACCUCGUUCUGAUCCCCGGCUCUCUCGGGAGAAUCCGAGCUCGGAAUCCCAACAACUCGAAGUAUGACGCAAAAGCCGUGGUGGCGAACCUGACAUGUAAAAAGCCGGAUCAGCACUUCAAGCCGUACCUGAAACAGCAUCUUCCCAAACGCCUUCACUACGCCAACAAUCGGCGCAUCGAGGAGAUUCACCUGAUGGUGGAGAGAAAAUGGCACGUGGCCAGGAAGCCUCUUGAAGGGAAACGGCAUCCAGGAAAGUGCGGCUUCUCAGGUGACCACGGCUACGAUAACAAGAUCAGCAGCAUGCAGACCAUUUUCCUCGGAUACGGCCCGAUGUUCAAAUUCAAGACCAAGAUCCCACCGUUCGAGAAUAUCGAGCUCUACAACGUCAUGUGCGAUCUCCUCGGUUUGAAGCCGGUCCCCAACAAUGGGACUCAUGGAAGCCUGAACCACCUCCUGAGAAAUCCUGUUCACAAACCCGGCGUUCCUGAAGAGGUGUCCAAACCGACUCCGCUCGGGCCGGCGGGCGGCGUGACCGAUGACCUGGGCUGCAGCUGCGAUGAAAAAUUGCGUUCAAAAAGUAGGGGGCAGAGGGCUUUGAAAGUGGCCCUGGUAAGAGCCUAUAACCUGGAGUCACUGUGGCUGUGUCUCUUACAGAACAAAGUGGAGGAACUCAAUCAGCGACUGAGACAAGUUAUCGAUGACUCCAAGAAUCUUCCGUCCGGUCGUCCGGCGGUCAUGUUCACCACCAAGUACAGCAUCUUGCACCACGCCGACUACAUCAGCGGAUACAGCGAAGCUCUCGCCAUGCCUUUAUGGACCUCCUACACGGUGUCUAAACAGGUUGACGUCGGCGUCCUUCCCGACUCUCUGAACACGUGUGUGAGACCCGACACCCGAGUUCCUCCGGCCUCCAGCCGCUCCUGCACCAGCUACCGAGCAGACAAGCAGAUCUCUUACGCCUUCCUCUACCCGCCUCAGUUGGCGUCCAGUAACGACGCGAGAUACGAAGCCAUGCUGAUCACCAACACAGUGCCGAUGUACCCAGCAUUUAAACGCGUGUGGACAUACUUCCAGAAGACCCUGGUAAAGAAGUACGCCAGUGAAAGGAACGGCCUUAACGUGGUUGUCGGUCCCAUUUUCGACUACGACUUCGACGGGCUUCGGGACACUGAAGAGAAGAUGAAACGGUACGUGAGCAGCUCCAUGCCCAUCCCUACUCACUUCUUCAUCGUCGCGACCAGCUGCCUGGACUUCACCCACACCGUGGACUCGUGCACCGGCCCUCUGAGCAGCUUCUCCUUCAUCCUGCCUCACAGAGCGGAUAAUGACGAGAGCUGCAAUAGUUUGGAAGAUGAAUCCAAGUGGGUGGAGGAGCUGAUGAAGAUGCACACAGCACGAGUGCGAGACGUGGAGAUUCUAACGGGGCUCGACUUCUAUAGGCGCACCGGCCGAAGCUACACAGAGAUCCUCUCGCUAAAGACGUACCUGCACACGUACGAGAGUGAGAUCUGAACCACUGCCAUCCCUGCACUAAUGUCCUACUCCUCUGUCAAAUCCCACACCCUGAUCCCAGACAUGUCCUGCCCCCUGACAUCACACGGUUAGGUGUAUAUUUUUAUACAAGCCUCCUUUCAGUAUUUUGUAAUGAUGUGAAAAUGUCGCUUUGUGUUCGUUCCAGCUGUGUGUGUGUGUGUGUGUGUGUGUGUGUGUGUGUGUUGGUGAGUGUGAUUUUAAGAAUGUGUGUGUGUGUGUGUGUGUGUGUGUGUGUGUGUGAGAGAGAGAAAAUCCUGUACUGUAUGUCCUAAUGUAAUGUCGCCUCUCAACACGUACCACUUUAGUGUGUGUGUUUUUUUAUUGUUCCAAAUGAAUUUCUUGACAUUAAACACUUUUGUACUUA